AUUCUCGAACACUAAAUGUAAAUAAUAACAUUUUUUCCUAUUGAUUUUCGUUUGACGCAUAUUAGCUUGGUAUAAUAUUUCCCGGAGAGUUUGGUCGUCGCUUCAGGCAGCGGUCGAGUCAGUCUCGGGGCAGACUCCGCGCGGAAGAUGACUGUACACAACCUGUAUAUAUUUGAUCGCAAUGGCAGCUGUCUUCAUUACAGCGAAUGGAACCGAAAGAAACAAGCCGGGAUUUCCAAAGAAGAGGAGUUCAAGCUGAUGUACGGCAUGCUGUUCUCCAUCCGCUCCUUCGUCAGUAAGAUGAGUCCACUGGACAUGAAAGACGGAUUUCUUGCGUUCCAGACCAGCCGCUAUAAGCUUCAUUAUUAUGAAACUCCAACAGGGAUCAAACUGGUGAUGAACACAGACCUCGGCGUCCCGAACUGCAGAGACACACUGCAGCAGAUCUACAGCAUGCUGUACGUGGAGUAUAUCGUGAAGAAUCCUCAGUGUGUGCUCAGCGAGUCUCUCCAGAGCGAUCUGUUCAGCAGUAAACUGGACUCUUUCAUCAGAGCUCUGCCGUUCUUCAGCGUCCGCGCCGCCUGAUCAAACAUCAGCUUCUGUUCAGCUCAGCCUUUUAUUAAGGACUUUCAGGCUCCUGGAGAUCGCUGUCAGUUCCUGCUGUGUGAAAACAUCAAUGUGUGGAAAUUUAUUGCAGAAUAAUGUUCAAAAAUGAAUUUGUGAUGUGUGACCCAAUAAAACAUUAUAAGUAACAUGUUCAAGUCCAAAUGAAGGAGACUUGACUUGCUUUUGAAAACAA